CGGGCCCUGGCUGCCUCCACUGAGGUUGGUGGUGUGUAACCUGCCUAACGAGAUUAGUGGGGAAAGGGCUCUUCUCUGCAACAACGUCGCAGCCAACAGCACCGGUGAGAAAAGCCACCGUGUGCCGGGUUUGCCAAGGUUUGUCAGAAGGUGGAUUAAACACUUUUCAUGGGAAACUCCAUGCAGUGCAUCCAGUGAGAUGGCAUCAGACAGUGAGGUAAAAACUCUGCUGAACUUUGUCAACCUGGCCUCCAGCGACAUCAAAGCAGCUCUGGAUAAAUCAGCCCCUUGUCGCCGGUCGGUCGACCACAGAAAAUACUUGCAGAAACAGCUGAAGCGGUUUUCUCAGAAGUACUCCCGGAUCCCGCGGUGCCACGCCAGCAAACCCCCGGAGUGCAGCUGGCGCAGGGGGGCAGAGGACCGUGGCCGUGGCCCCCAGCCCGAGGCACCUGACCCCAGCCCCCAUGGAGGGGCAGCCACCGGGAAGGCGCUGCGGACAGCCGAGGUGGAAGAGAGCCUUGCUGGGGAACGGCUUGUGCAGGAGCAGAACCCCGAGGCUGCCCAGCCAGACCAGGUGCCCAUGAGGAAGCGACAGCUUCCUGCCUCCUUCUGGGAAGAACCACGGCCAGCCCAGACUUUGCCGGCCAGAGCCUUCCCAGCUGGCCCAGACGUGCUCCUGGCUCCCCGAGAUUCUCCUUCCUACGAGGGGAAGAAAAGCAAACGGAGCGUGGAGGCUGCUGGCCCAGAGAACCCUCCUGAGCCUGCCCUGUGUGCUGGGGACAAGGACCCCGCUGGAGUCCUCUCGGGUCGUGUGGGCGCCUGGACUUGCUGCCCUUUCCCCUGCCCCGGGCCGGGGGUGUUCCAGCCCCCCAGCACGCUGCCCCUGUCGCCCUUCCCAGGGCUGGGGCUGUGGAGGAAGAGUGCAGCUGUACUGCCGGCAGAGGUGCCGCACUUCUGCAAGGAGGCUGAUGGUGCAGGGCAGAAACUCUACAAACCCGUGGUUUUGAAACCCAUCCCCACCAAGCCCACCGUUCCCCCACCGAUCUUCAAUGUUUUCAGCUAUCUUUAGCUGAGGGAGUGUGGGAGUCACACUGACACACGACGGCUCCUCAGAGUGAAUCGAGAUGCCCAGUUGAAUGUCAGGCAUGAGCCACUGGCAGAGUGGAGCGGCAUGCGGGAAGGAAUCCAGCGGUCCCACCCGUGUCCCUGUGGGCAGGCUGGGGCAAAUUAGUAACUGUUAUGAAGCUGCUCGGGCUCUACUCUCCUCUCAGUACAUGGAUGCAAAUUGGGAAUAAGCCUUAUGUAGCCCGUGGCAUGGAGCAUGAGGCAAACCAGGGCUCUUUCAUUGAUGGGCAUUGUCUGAGCUGUGGUGAGCGGGGCUGCGGGCCAUUCAUAGAUGCACUUGUAACACCUAGGAGACCUACUCCAUGUGGGAACGUCUUUCCAGGGUUGCCCUGUGGCAGCAGCAGUGAAAUGAAAUGAAUUAAGCCCAUUCAAAGAGUUUUUGUACUUUAAAGUAAUUCCAGAGAAGUCAAGAUAUUCAGGUCACUUCCUUUUGCGUGCAAGAGACUGGAAGGACAGUAUUUAAUGUAGAAACUGCACUUGUGAAUUGAUUUAAGCUUUUCUUGUAUGUAAAUACUGAGAGAAUUAAAAGAAAAAAAUAAGGGAAGAAAGGAGGUAAUUUUAUUUUGGUGAUUCUACAAAUGCAGUCUGUUUAUUUUUGUCCCACUGGGUAGACACAUGUUUGGUUUUCAGCUACUGGGUAGAUAUGAGGGAUGAAAUCUCUGCCUAUUCAGAGUGAAGUAAAAUCAAAAGUUAUUCUGGGGCCGGGAAAUUAGCUAGUGUUAAGCUGGGGCAAAUGGAAGCAGGAUGAAUUUUCACAUGAGGAAUUGUUCUGCAUCAAUAAAACAAAUGAGAAAUUGUAUUGGUUGAUUACAAAACCAUAAAAUAUGAUAGAAGGAAAAAGUGUAUAGAAUAGUCUACCUUGAUUUCUGGCUCACAGACAUCUUUUAUUUUGCCUCAUUUUUAAAUGCUCUCACAAAUCCUAGCUGCAAAUUAUUUACUUGGUAUUUUCCUAACUAUUUUAAUAAAUUGGCAUUAGAAAAGUUAAAAGGGGAUUCUUUUAAGCUAGAUUUCUCUUAAACCCAUGGGGAAAGUGGUGCUAAGGCACAGAACAUGAGAUCUGAAAGGUUCAAUACUGCAGGCCUAUGUAUCUAUUCAGUUAUACUAGGGUAAAUCACUGAGGUCGAGAGAAGUGUAUUACGGGGAUAAAAGGGCCAGAGAACGGACAUCUGUAUCUCCCAGGGCCUAAACCUGCUCUUGCUGAAGCUAAUGGGAACUCCUCCAAGGAUUCAAUAAAAAGUGGCCUCGAUCAUCUUGGUUUAUGCUUAGCGUAACUUCCUAUGUCUCUUGGUAUCUCCAUAAGAGGAAAACCAGGCAACACUUCUUUCGAGUGCAUUGCAGCAAUGAAAGAAUUAUCAUCUUAAGCAACUGUAGAGUAUCAUUUUCGAUCUUCUGAUGAGGCUUGGUGCUAUAUAACCAAGUUGCACCUUUUGUUAAGAUGUGACCUCCUCUCAGGCUAAAAGCAGCUCAUUCGUUCCCCAGACCUUGCAGCAUAGUCCACCAGUGUUUACUUUUAUGGAAACAAUGGCUGUGUUAGUCCAGCAGGCCAAAAGUAGAAACAGAGUUGACUUUCAUUGCUUUCUCCCUGCUACAAGCACUUACUAUACCUAUCAAGCCUGUAUAGACAAAUCCUAUAGGGGAGAGAGCAGGAAAUGUUUUGGUAGCCCAUACCUGCAGCCACAUAUAAGGAGCAAGGUAAUAAAGAAAUGAUCUAAGGGUUAAAGACGUCAAAUUAGCUCUUGAUCCAGAAGUGAAGAUAUUAACAUGCUUGGAUGUCUUCCCCUUUUUGUCUUUUUGAAAAACAGUCUCCACAAGGGGACUCUGUCCAUCUCCACGAGGAUAUUCUAACAGAAACCGGAUGUAGUACCCCAUUUGAAGUCAAUUGGAGGAGAAAUAUAGCUCUUAAUUUGCAGAGAUGUAGGCAAGGAAAUUUUUACAUGGAAAUAUGGGUGCUUUUGCACACUGAUAGCUCUGUGUAA